AUGUUUCGCCAGCUGCGGGUGAGUUCGGUAAAAUGGAAUGGAACAUUUAAUAGGUCUGCAGUGAUCUUAUUACAGUUGCGUUUUCAAUCGCAAGUUGCUGCUACUCCUAUAUUGGAGUAUGAUCGGUUGGUGAAGUUAGGAAAACUUAGAGAUGAUCCUCAUCAAAGGAAAAUUAUCAAGUCGUUAGCUCAUUUGCAUGAGAACCUAAUGAAUUAUUAUCCUGCACCGGUGAAGAGACCAAGUCCAUUAGACCAAGUUGGCUGGAGAGCGUCAGUUAUAGGGCGAUUGUUUAAGAGGCGGAAGUCUUCCUCUAAUGAGGCUGUAGCGAAAGGGAUCUAUUUAUAUGGAGAUGUAGGGUGUGGAAAGACUAUGCUUAUGGACUUAUUUUAUGCCACGAUUCCGGCUCAUUUGUCCAAAAGUAGGAUUCAUUUCCAUCAAUUUAUGCAGCAUGUGCAUAAAAGAUCGCACGAUAUUAUAAAGGAACAAAAUCUGGAUGCGUUAGGUGAGGCUAAGGGCAAAGAAAUUGAUCCAAUCCCUCUUCUUGCUGCUGAAAUUGCCAAUAAAUCUCGGGUAUUAUGUUUUGAUGAGUUUCAAGUUACAGAUGUGGCUGAUGCCAUGAUUUUGCGGCGUUUACUCACUACUUUAUUGUCAAACGAAUACGGUGUUGUGCUUUUUACCACGAGUAACAGGAAUCCAGAUGAAUUAUAUGUAAAUGGUGUUCAAAGACAAUCGUUCAUUCCAUGUAUACAGCUAUUGAAGACGCACACCGAAGUCAUAUUCCUAGAUUCUCCUACAGAUUACCGCAAAGUCUCAAGACCAGUUUCUGAUGUUUAUUAUUACCCCAAAAAAGGUCUAUUGUAUCGUUCCAAGAAAUGCGAACUUGCUCGAGCUAAACACGUUGAUGGAUGGUUUAAUUAUUUUGCCCAAAUUCAAGAGGAGAACCAAAAUUCUUCCACAAGUUUGAAAACUACACGUAAAGUGCUGCACCAGUUUCCGUUAAAGAUAUGGGGUCGUGAACUUUUAGUCCCAAGAUGUAUAAAAGGACAUGUUGCACAGUUUUCAUUUAAAGAACUUUGUGGACAGCCACUUGCUGCUGGUGAUUAUUUGUCAUUAGCAGCUACUUUUAAAGCGUUCGUUGUGACAGACAUUCCUUAUUUGUCUAUUUUCGUUCGUGAUGAAGUUCGGAGAUUUAUUACCUUUCUAGACGCCGUUUAUGAUAGCGGCGGGAAGCUGGCAACUACAGGAGCAGCAGAUUUCACAUCUCUUUUUGUGGAACCAGAGCAUAUAUUAAAUGACUAUCAAUUAAAGGAAGCAUCGCAAGAAACGCCCAAAAAGCAGCAAGAAGUUGGUCUAGAUGAUGAUCUGGUUUCGAAACACGGUUUUUCAAAAGAAAUAGCCAAAAAGGCACAGAUGUUUGCGCUAGACGAGGAAAGGUUUGCCUUUGCAAGAGCUUUAAGCCGGUUAUCCCAAAUGAGUACUACUACUUGGGUCGAAAAGAAAUAA